CGGUCACCGGUAAGUUAUUCUCACCGCAGCGAAAGCAAGCGUCGGUGCUGUAAUCGCGAUUAGGAGCUGAGGAAAUCGAAUCCGCCCGACAGAUAUAUAAGCGUGAGAAAAGGGGGCCGUGAAAAGAGGCUUCCUUCCUUCCUCGGCUCCUCGGGGAGCCCAAACGAUGGGAGAAUCGAGCGACUCGGUGUCGGUGGAUGCGGAGAGGAUCGCAUCCGGCGGAAAGGAACAUCAUGUGCUAACCCGUCAUGGUCCCCUGUCAGUUUCUGUGUAUGGAGACCUGGAAAAGCCUGCACUUGUUACUUACCCUGAUGUUGCCUUGGACCAUGUGUCCUGCUUUCAAGGAUUAUUCUUUUGCACUGAAGGUGUUUCUUUGCUGCUUUAUAAUUUCUGUAUAUAUCAAAUCAAUCCUCCAGGACAUGAGUUAGGUGCGGCUCCUAUUUCUUCAUGCGAUCCAGUGCUCUCAGGUGACCAGUUAGCUGAUCAGGUUGCCGAUGUGUUUGAUUAUUUUGGAUUAUACUCUGUCAUUUGCAUGGGGGUCACUGCAGGAGCCUAUGUUCUUACUCUUUUUUCAUCAAAAUAUAGGGAACGCGUUCAGGCUUUGAUACUUGUCUCACCUUUAUGCAAAGCUCCCUCAUGGAAAGAAUGGUUGUCGAACAAGGUGAUGUCAAACAUUCUCUACUUUUAUGGAAUGUGUGGCAUAAUCAAAGAAUGGCUGGUUCAACGAUACUUCAGCAAGGAAGUUCGUGGAAAUUGGCAAGCUCCUGAAUCAGAAACUGUCCAAGCUUGUAGAUGUGUUCUGGAUGGGAAGCAAAGUGCCAACGUCUGGCGGUUUCUUCAGUCAAUAAAUGACCGGAGUGAUUUAACAGACGCGCUAAAGAAGCUUCAGUGUAGGACACUCAUCUUCGUGGGCGAGCAUUCUCCUUUUCAUUCAGAUGCACUCUACAUGGCUGCCAAAAUGGAUGGGAAAUACAGUGCAUUAGUUGAGGUUCAGGCAUGUGGAUCACUUGUGACUGAAGAGCAACCUCUUGCAAUGCUGAUAACUAUGGAGUACUUCCUCGCUAGUUAUGGUUUGCAUAGGCCUAGUCAAUUAAAUUGUAGUCCUCGGAGUCCUCUCAGUCCAUCAUACAUCUCCCCUGAACUGCUCUCACCUGAGAGCAUGGGAGUGAAGCUGAAGCCGAUCAAGACUCGCAUCUCACUUGAAGUUUGAACUGUCAAAUUAGAGUGGAUGCAUGAUCUUUGGCCAGUGAAGGCUUACUCAAUCUACAUUAUCAGUCAUAUGAAAAUCAUAGAUCGUCAUGUGUACCUAAUCAACAGAAAUCUUUUGAGCACAUUAUAUGUGGAAGUUAUAGUUUAUGUAGAUAAAUAGAAGGGCAGAAAGAAGGGCAAAGAAUUCUAUAGGAUGGGUUGCAGAGACUGGGAUAGUUUAAUAGAUGAGCUUCUGUUUCAUUGAUUCAGUUACCUAACCUGUAAAGCUUCGUUGUUUACCUGAAAGAUUAAUAAGAAAAGGUGUGCAGGUGCACCACCUUAAUCAUUAA